AUGAUAGUAGAGGAGAAAAGCACUGGUGCACCUCCAACACAAUCCCCUGGUGUGACUGUGACACCUGAAGUUACAACUAAGACAAAAACAGAGGAACCAGGCACUGAUACUACAUUGGAAGCAGUCAGUACUGGUACACCGCCAACACAAUUCCCUGGUGUUACUAUGACGUACAGUUCAACUACUGGUAUUAUUUUACCUGAAGUUACCACAAAGGCAAAAACAGUUGAACCAGGCACUGAUACUACAUUACAACCAGCGAGUACUGGUACAACUCCAACACAAUCCCCUGGUGUGACUAUGACAUACAGUUCAACUACUGGAAUUACUUCAGCUGAAGUUACCACUCAGGCAAAAACAGUAGAACCAGGCACUGACACUACAUUGAAACCAGCCAGUACAAUGACAUCAGAGGAGAGAAGCACUGGUACACCUCCAACACAAUCCCCUGGUGUGACUAUGACAUACAGUUCAACUACUGGAACUACUUCACCUGAAGUUACCACUAAAGCAAAAACAGAGAAACCUGGCACUGAUAUUACAUUGGUACCAGUGAGUACAAUAACAGCAGAGGAGAGAAGCACUGGUACUCCUCCAACACAACCCCCUGGUGUGACUGUGACAUACAGUUCAAAUACUGGAAUUUUUUCGCCUGAAGUUACUACUAAAGCAAAAACAGAGGAACCAGGCACUGGAACUACAUUGGAACCAACCAGUACAAUGAUAGUAGAGGAGAAAAGCACUGGUGCACCUCCAACACAAUCCGUUGGUGCGUCUGUGACACCUGAAGUUACCACUAAGGCAAAAACAGUAGAACCAAGUACUGAUACUGAUACUACAUUGGAACCAGCUAGUACAAUGACAGCAGAGAGAAGCACUGGUUCACCUCCAACACAAUCCCAUGGUGUGACUGUGCCACCUGAAGUUACCACUAAGGCAAAAACAGAGGAACCAGGCACUGAUACUACAUUGGAACCACUCAGUACAAUAACAGCAGAGAAGGGAAGUACGGGUACAACUCCAACACAACCCCCUGGCAUGACUAUGACACACAGUUCAACUUCUGAAAUUACUUCAGCUGAAGUUACCACUAAGGCAAAAACAGUAGAACCAAGCACUGAUACUACAUUGGAACCAGCUAGUACAAUGACAGCAGAGGAGAGAAGCACUGGUUCACCUCCAACACAAUCCCCUGGUGUGACUGUUACACCUGAAGGCACUACUAAGACAAAAACAGAGGAACCAGGCACUGAUACUACAUUAGAACCAGUCAGUACAAUAACAACAGAGAAGAGAAGCACUGUUGUACCACCAACACUAUCCCCUGGUGUGACUUUUACACCUGAAGUCACUACUAAGACAAAAACAGAGGAACCAGGCACUGAUACUACAUUAGAACCAGUCAGUACAAUAACAGCAGAGAAGAGAAGCACGGGUACAACUCCAACACAACCCCCUGGCAUGACUAUGACAUACAGUCCAACUUCUGAAAUUUCUUCGCUUGAAUUAACCACUAAGGCAAAAACAGAGGAACCAGGCACUGACACUACAUUGAAACCAGCCAGUACAAUGACAUCAGAGGAAAGAAGCACUGGUACACCUCCAACACAAUCCGUUGGUGCGUCUGUGACACCUGAAGUUACCACUAAGGCAAAAACAGUAGAACCAGGCACUGAUACUACAUUGGAACCAGCCAGUACAAUGACAGCAGAGAGAAGCACUGGUGCACCUCUAACACAAUCCGCUGGUGCGUCUGUGACACCUGAAGUUACCACUAAGGCAAAAACAGUAGAACCAGACACUGAUACUACAUUGGAACCAGCCAGUACAAUGACAUCAGAGGAGAGAAGCAAUGGUAUACCUCCAACACAAUCCCCUGAGGCGACUAUGACUUACAGUUCAACUUCUGGAACUACUUCACCUGAAGUUACCACUAAAGCAAAAACAGAGAAACCUGGCACUGAUACUACAUUGGUACCAGUGAGUAAAAUAACAGCAGAGGAGAGAAGCACUGGUACUCCUCCAACACAACCCCCUGGUGUGACUGUGACAUACAGUUCAACUACUGGAAUUUCUUUGCCUGAAGUUACUACUAAAGCAAAAACAGAGGAACCAGGCACUGGCACUACAUUGGAACCAGUCAGUACAAUGAUAGUAGAGGAAAGAAGCACGGGUGUACCACCAACACUAUCCCCUGGUGUGACUGUUACACCUGAAGGCACUACUAAGACAAAAACAGAGGAACCAGGCACUGAUACUACAUUAGAACCAGUCAGUACAAUAACAGCAGAGAAGAGAAGUACGGGUACAACUCCAACACAACCCCCUGGCAUGACUAUGACACACAGUUCAACUUCUGAAAUUACUUCAGCUGAAGUUACCACUAAGGCAAAAACAGAGGAUCCAGGCACUGAUACUACAUUGGAACCAGUGAGUACAAUGACAACAGAGACGAGAAGCACUGGUGUACCACCAACACUAUCCCCUGGUGUGACUGUUACACCUGAAGUCACUACUAAGACAAAAACAGAGGAACCAGGCACUGAUACUACAUUAGCACCAGUCAGUACAAUAACAGCAGAGAAGAGAAGCAUGGGUACAACUCCAACACAACCCCCUGGCAUGACUAUGACAUACAGUCCAACUUCUGAAAUUUCUUCGCCUGAAUUAACCACUAAGGCAAAAACAGAGGAACCAGGCACUGACACUACAUUGAAACCAGCCAGUACAAUGACAUCAGAGGAAAGAAGCACUGGUACAACUCCAACACAAUCCCCUGGUGUGACUAUGACAUACGGUUCAACUACUGGAAUUCCUUCGCCUGAAGUAACCACUAGGGCAAAAACAGAGGAACCAGGCACUGACACUACAUUGAAACCAGCCAGUACAAUGACAUCAGAGGAGAGAAGCGCUGGUACACCUCCGACACAAUCCCCUGGUGUGACUGUGACAUCUGAAGUUACCACUAAGCCAAAAACAGAGGAACCAGGCACUGACACUACAUUGAAACCAGCCAGUACAAUGACAUCAGAGGAGAGAAGCGCUGGUACACCUCCGACACAAUCCCCUGGUGUGACUGUGACAUCUGAAGUUACCACUAAGACAAAAACAGAGGAACCAGGCACUGACACUACAUUGAAACCAGCCAGUACAAUGACAUCAGAGGAAAGAAGCACGGGUACAACUCCAACACAACCCCCUGGCAUGACUAUGACAUACAGUUCAACUUCUGAAAUUACUUCAGCUGAAGUUACCACUAAGGCAAAAACAGUAGAAGCAGGCAUUGAUACUACAUUGGAACCAACCAGUACAAUGAAGGCAGAGGAGAGAAGCACUGGUUCACCUCCAACACAAUCCCCUAGUGGGACUGUGACACCUGACGUUACAACUAAGACGAAAACAGAGGAACCAGGCACUGAUACUACAUUGGAACCAGCUAGUACAAUGACAGCACAGGAGAGAAGCACUGGUUCACCUCCAACACAAUCCCCUGGUGUGACUGUGACACCUAAAGUUACCACUAAGGCAAAAACAGAGGAACCAGGCACUGAUACUACAUUGGAACCAGCCAGUACAAUGACAGCAGAGAGAAGCACUGGUUCACCUCAAACACAAUCCGUUGGUGCGUCUGUGACACCUGAAGUUACCACUAAGGCAAAAACAGUAGAACCUGGCACUGAUACUGCAUUGGAACCAGCCAGUACAAUGACAGCAGAGAGAAGCGCUGGUACACCUCCGACACAAUCCCCUGGUGUGACUGUGACAUCUGAAGUUACCACUAAGACAAAAACAGAGGAACCAGGCAUUGACACUACAUUGGUACCAGUGAGUACAAUAACAGCUAAGUGGAGAAGCACGGGUACAACUCCAACACAACCCCCUGGUGUGACUAUGACAUACGGUUCAACCUCUGAAAUUUCUUCGCUUGAAGUUACUACUAAAGCAAAAACAGAGGAACCAGGCACUGGAACUACAUUGGAACCACCCAGUACAAUGAUAGUAGAGGAGAAAAGCACUGCUGCACCUCCAACACAAUCCGUUGGUGCGUCUGUGACACCUGAAGUUACCACUAAGGCAAAAACAGAGGAACCAGGCACUGAUACUACAUUGGAACCAGUGAGUACAAUGACAACAGCAGAGAGAAGCACUGGUGUACCACCAACACUAUCCCCUGGUGUGACUGUUACACCUGAAGUCACUACUAAGACAAAAACAGAGGAACCAGGCACUGUUACUACAUUAGAACCAUUCAGUACAAUAACAGCAGAGAAGAGAAGCACGGGUACAACUCCAUCACAACCCCCUGGCAUGACUAUGACAUACAGUUCAACUUCUGAAAUUUCUUCGCCUGAAUUAACCACUAAGGCAAAAACAGAGGAACCAGGCACUGACACUACAUUGGAACCAGCCAGUACAAUGACAUCAGAGGAGAGAAGCACUGGUAUACCUCCAACACAAUCCCCUGAGGCGACUAUGACAUACAGUUCAACUUCUGGAACUACUUCACCUGAAGUUACCACUAAAGCAAAAACAGAGAAACCUGGCACUGAUAUUACAUUGUUACCAGUGAGUACAAUAACAGCAGUGGAGAGAAGGACUGGUACCCCUCCAACACAACCCCCUGGUGUGACUAUGACAUACAGUUCAACUGCUGGAAUUUCUUCGCCUGAAGUUACUACUAAAGCAAGAACAGAGGAACGUGGCACUGGCACUACAUUGGAACCAGUCAGUACAAUGAUAGUAGAGGAGAGAAGCACUGGUGUACCACCAACACUAUCCCCUGGUGUGACUGUUACACCUGAAGUCACUACUAAGACAAAAACAGAGGAACCAGGCACUGAUACUACAUUAGAACCAGUCAGUACAAUAACAGCAGAGAAGAGAAGUACGGGUACAACUUCAACACAACCCCCUGGCAUGACUAUGACAUACAGUUCAACUUCUGAAAUUACUUUAGGUGAAGUUACCACUAAGGCGAAAACAGUAGAACCAAGCACUGAUACUACAUUGGAACCAGUUAGUACAAUGACAGCAGAGGAGAGAAGCACUGGUUCACCUCCAACACAAUCCCCUGGUGUGACUGUGACACCUGAAGUCACCACUAAGGCAAAAACAGAGGAACCAGGCACUGAUACUACAUUGGAACCAGUGAGUACAAUGACAACAGAGAAGAGAAGCACUGGUGUACCACCAACACUAUCCCCUGGUGUGACUGUUACACCUGAAGUCACUACUAAGACAAAAACAGAGGAACCAGGUACUGAUACUACAUUAGAACCAGUCAGUACAAUAACAGCAGAGAAGAGAAGCACGGGUACAACUCCAACACAACCCCCUGGCAUGACUAUGACAUACAGUCCAACUUCUGAAAUUUCUUCGCCUGAAUUAACCACUAAGGCAAAAACAGUAGAAGCAGGCAUUGAUACUACAUUGGAACCAACCAGUACAAUGAAGGCAGAGGAGAGAAGCACUGGUUCACCUCCAACACAAUCCCCUAGUGGGACUGUGACACCUGACGUUACAACUAAGACGAAAACAGAGGAACCAGGCACUGAUACUACAUUGGAACCAGCUAGUACAAUGACAGCACAGGAGAGAAGCACUGGUUCACCUCCAACACAAUCCCCUGGUGUGACUGUGACACCUAAAGUUACCACUAAGGCAAAAACAGAGGAACCAGGCACUGAUACUACAUUGGAACCAGCCAGUACAAUGACAGCAGAGAGAAGCACUGGUUCACCUCAAACACAAUCCGUUGGUGCGUCUGUGACACCUGAAGUUACCACUAAGGCAAAAACAGUAGAACCUGGCACUGAUACUGCAUUGGAACCAGCCAGUACAAUGACAGCAGAGAGAAGCGCUGGUACACCUCCGACACAAUCCCCUGGUGUGACUGUGACAUCUGAAGUUACCACUAAGACAAAAACAGAGGAACCAGGCAUUGACACUACAUUGGUACCAGUGAGUACAAUAACAGCUAAGUGGAGAAGCACGGGUACAACUCCAACACAACCCCCUGGUGUGACUAUGACAUACGGUUCAACCUCUGAAAUUUCUUCGCUUGAAGUUACUACUAAAGCAAAAACAGAGGAACCAGGCACUGGAACUACAUUGGAACCACCCAGUACAAUGAUAGUAGAGGAGAAAAGCACUGCUGCACCUCCAACACAAUCCGUUGGUGCGUCUGUGACACCUGAAGUUACCACUAAGGCAAAAACAGAGGAACCAGGCACUGAUACUACAUUGGAACCAGCUAGUACAAUGACAGCACAGGAGAGAAGCACUGGUUCACCUCCAACACAAUCCCCUGUGUGA